UCGCUGAUCCCGGACGCGGUCCGCCAACUAGGCAAAUACCCACGUUACACGAAGUGUGGACCUUGGGCAGGGAUACUGCACAAUAAUGCCCUCGGGGCACCUAUGUGGGUACUACGCGGCAAGGUUCUCAGCGUUUCAAUGUGGGAUCUUCCUUCUUCUCGUGGCGCUCCCUUGUCUUGUCAUCGCCACAUUCUCUGCACCGAUCUGGGAAGGUCUCGGUUUCAUGACAAUUGAAGAUAUCGCAUUUUACAGGCGCACAGGAUAUCAGGGUCGCUUCAUUUUUGGCACAUUUGGGCACUGUCAUACGGGGCUGCCAGGCGACCACGUUUGUUUGAGACCCACAAUUAGUUAUGACAUAGGCGCCGUGUUAUCCGUCUUCAACGAUACCUAUUUUUCCUCAAAGAUUGGUGUAACGCUAAAGCACCUCACAAAAGCUCUAUUUCUCCUUCCCAUCACAGCUGUUCUUGUCCUUAUUGCUCUCAUUGCUGCCAUCCCGUCCCGUUUCAUAGAACGCCUAUUCUCUGCCUUAAUCGCGACGGUUGCGUGCGUUUUAAUGCUCCUAUCGCUCAUUCUAGAGCUUGUUUUAUUUAGCAUUGUCGAACGUCAUGUAAAGGGCGCCAAGACGAAUUGGGGCCCCGCAACCAAGCUGAUCAUCGCGGGUUUCCUGUAACUCCUCUUUGGCACAGCCCUGAUGUACUGUGGAUGGUUUGCC